GAUAAUUCACUCAAAAUGUUUCUUGCUCGAUUUCUUUUUCUCGCUCUUUUCUCGACUGCUGCACUGGGAAACAUUGAGAAAGAAAUAUUCGUUGCUCCCUCGAAUUCACAAGACCUGCUGUUCAAUGGUACAAAUACUGCGCAAUCUACAGUGCUUGAGGCUCUGCAUCCAGGACUCCUGAGACUCAGCCCUUCACAUAGCUGCGAAGGCACAUGCCAUGAGCUACGUGUUACUUUAGAUACUUCUUUCAUAGGCUCCGGUGAGAGGCAUUGGGUGGUCCUCGAUCACCUUGAGCAAGGAAGGAGAUAUGAAGUCCGAAUAUGUUGGGCCGCAACGUCACCGAUGGAUCUCACUCUAAACAUCUACACGGCACCCCAGCUACUCGACAAACCCUCACUUCUUGCGAAUGUGACAGCUUAUGCUACUCGUCAACUGUCAUUUAGUCCUGCCAACGAGCUAUCUGGUCCUUCUGCAGCUCCCCGUUCCGUUUUGUACCUAGAUAUACGAGCCAAAGCAGGUUAUUAUACACACGAAAAACGUCGCAUGGAAAUCCCAGAUCCUGUUGAGGUUGAAAUAACCGUCGAUCCCUUCGUUCUUAACGUCCUUCCUGAAUCCUUAUUGCCGAUUGCUGUUAUGGUCAUCCUCACAACACUCUCCGCGUUUUGGACAAGCGGAAGAGUUUAUAGCGCUUUAAGGGACAUUGCAUCUCUAAAGCAGUCUCGGUACGAUAUGAAAACUCGCUGAAGUGCUGCCUUUGGCUAUAUUUCCGGGUGCAACAAAGCUAGCGGGAGUUUAGUACGCACUACGAAUCUCAUCCCAGCUUUUGAAAAACUGCGCUCAAAUUGGGAUUGAUUAGGCUCCCCAUCCGUAAAUUUACUGCAAUAUUGCCGCUCACCCAACGGGGUUUCCUUAAUGCAACUCUUCAUUUUUCAAAUAGUUACUACACCCCCAUAAUAUUAUUGCAGACUCCAUCUAAAGAAAUUAUAAAUUAAAACGAGUAUACUCUACUGUAAUGAACUAGGGCUCCUUUUGUGGGCCAAACUCGUGUUCACACCUGUUCGGCCGCACUGCACAAUACGGUAUGAGUUAAAACACUAACAUAGAUGUGACUAAGAUCACAUCUGCACACUGAUAGUGGUCUAUUGCAAAGGCUGCCGGCAUUAUUUAGAGGGAUCUGCAAUUUAUAGGUGGGGUGAAAAAAGUGAGUGGGCACAAGCCUUGGCACUCUGCAAAACUCCAUUGAUCCAAGAUAAGAUAAAAGAAAAUAAACAAAUUACAAGAAG